AUGGCGAAACUACUGGGAAAAUGCAUCAUCACGCCCUCAUCAACACCCGGCGCGGGCUUUGUUGAAAUGAUUCUCGGCACCGCCCACCCACUCCCAAAUUCAAAGGUCCUUGAUGAAUUCGCCAAAAGCAUCCCCCCAACGACUCAUGUCAUUGAGCCUUACUCACCCUGUACCAUCGCGGAGAAAGAUCUCGAGCCCAUCAGCAUUUCUGAGAUGCAGCUUGACACUCACCACCGCGGACGCAAGGUUCUUCUUCACAUCUUGACACCUCCCGACAGAAACGAAGCAGUUUUGACCAUCGCCGAGGACGAGCAAGGCACAGCUGUUUUGCUCCGACUGUUUCAACAGCCUGAUGAGAAGCAGUUCCCUUGCACCGCAACCAUGGUCGAUCACACCGUAUGCAUUGUCAAGGAUCCGUUCUUCCAGCAGUCAUUCGACAGCGAUCGCAAUGGACCAGUCAUGCUCAAGUCAGCCUAUUACUCACUCAGAGUCGAUCACCCCAGCGACAUCAUUCCCUUGCUUCGUGGCGAUGAGAGAAUCCCCGAGAAAUGGAGAAGUGAAGUACGCGGAAAUGACAAGAGCAGCAGCAGCUCCCGGGAGGAGGGUAACAAGAGCUUUCGCAAGAAGCAGUGGGCCGAAGCCCAUUUCUCGCAAGUCACCUUAUCCCGAACGCUCGUUUACGCAAGCUUGGCUAAUAUAAUUCAUGGCAGAUACUCACAAGCUAUUGCCAAGGCAGACACCCCCGAAGACAAGCAACUUGCCCACCUCAACCGAUCACUUACCAACCUGAAGAUUGGUCGACCUGCCAAAGCAUUUUCAGAUGCCACGCAAGCUUACGACCCCAACACGCCUUCCGAAAAAGCCUUGUUUCGUCAUGUCAAUGCUCUCUACGCCCUCCAGAAAUUCGAGCAGUGUGAAGCGACAAUCCAAACACUCCUGGAUGCAUUUCCCGGCAGCAAGGUGGCCGAGGCGACAAUGCAGCGCGUCAAGUCAAGACUACUAGAGCAACGUAUGGGAAAGUACAAAUUCAAACUCAUGUACGAACAGGCCAAGGCAAAAGACGGACCCCCUUUGAUUGACUGCGCUACAUUCUCCCGUCCUGUCGAGAUUCGCGACUCCCCGGGCCGUGGACGCGGACUUUUCACAACCAAGUCUGUGUCAGCAGGCGACCUACUUCUCGUUGAAAAGGCAUUUUCCUAUUCUUACAUGGACGAGAAUCGACUUUGGGACCAAAUCACCUACAUGAUCAACCUCACUACCAAGCGCGCCACCGCUGGCGCAUCUGCCAAUCUCUGGCCCCAGGUUGUCCAGAAGUUGUACCACGAUUCGGACUCUCUCUCAGCGUUUCAAGACCUUGUUGACGGGGGGUACCAAAAGGUCACAGUUUCUGAAUGCGACGGAGCUCCAGUUGUCGAUUCCUUCCUGGUAGAGAAAAUCAUCUCCCUCAACUCAUUCGGUUCCCCGACAACCACUCGAGACUUUUGCAAGAACAUCAUCUGGAGCGGCAAGGUGGGCCCGAGUCCAUCAUGCCGAGAACGGCCCUUAUUCACCACUGCCGGUGUUUGGCUUCUCGCAGCUCGAAUCAACCAUUCGUGUGUCGGCAACUGUCGACGAUCUUUCAUCGGGGACAUCCAGAUUGUCCGUGCCGCGCGAGAUAUUCCUGCUGGCACUGAGCUGACCUUUCCGUACUGCCCAACUGGUGACUCUGAGACAUACCAGGAUGUCCAGAACAAGUUGGCCAAGUGGGGGUUCACGUGUGACUGCGAACUGUGCAAGGACAGACGCAAGACUACUGAGGCUGUGCGGGUUCUACGCAAAGAACUUCAUGACGAUUUCAUGGAUCAGUCGCCCAGCGACGAGCCUUUUGACUUGGACAAAGCCAUGAAGCUACUGAAGGGAAUUGAGAAGACGUACCGUGGCAAGCCUGCCAAACAGGUUCGCUGGGUACUCGCAAGCAUCUAUGCGUACAUUGGAAUCCGUUGUCGUCAGGAUGGAGAGUUUGUUGAAGCUGCCGAAAUGCUCAUCAAAGCUAUCGAAGCCAUGGGUUUUGUGAUCCAGGCAACUCCGCCCGGGGGCGCACGCGGCCCGUCUCACUUUGAGGUCAAGCACUGGGGAAUGAUGGAACACCAUGUCCCGUGGCUCUUCUUCCAAUUGAUCGAGUGCUAUGAUGAGAUCGACCCGCAGCUGGUGCCUGUCGCUGAGCAUUACGCUCGAGUGGCAUACUCCAUCAUCGUUGGCGAGCACGAGUCGAUGUGGGACGUAUUGCCAUCUACUGGCAGUGAAGGACGCGUCGACUGA